AUGGCUUGCGACAACAAGCGGGAAGAAGCCGUCCGCUUGGAUGCGAUGGCCAAGGCAAAAGAAGACGCCUUGGCCUUCUCACAGCAGACCCUCGAGGAAGAUGCAAAGAAGUUCGAGGACUAUUUGCAGGAAAGGAUCUCUAAGGCAUCGCAUGCCACGAAGGAGAGUGAGAAACAUGCCAAGAAUAAGCAGGACAAGGUCCAGAAGAUCAAGAACCUGAAGCAACAGAUCGCGACAGUACAGAGUGAGACCGGUAAGUUGAAAGAGGCGCGCGUGGAAUCGGAGCGGCUGAAGCACUUCUUGGAGAAGUUGACGCCGGCGGAGUGGAAGGAGGAGCAGAAAGUGAAGAAGGAAGAAAGGAAGAGGGAACGAGCGCAGAGGUGGAAGAAUGAACGCCUGGCUCCCAUCCUGGAGCAGCUGGCCAUCGAAGACGAGAAGCUGUCUGAGAAGUUCGCGCAGGAGGAAGCCGAGGCGGCCGAACUGUUGCGGAAGAAGAGCAAGAAGUCUCGGCGCCGGGAAGACGAGGAAGAGCUGUUGCAAAAGCAACGGGAGCGGGACUUGCGAAAGAAGCGGAUCCAAAAGAAGCGCGAGGAAGAAGAGAGGAAGGUCAAUGGGGAGUACGUGGAGGUGUCUUCGGAGGAGGAGCCGGAGCUCUUUUUCAAGGAGCCUCAGCAGCUGAUGGACACCUUCACAGAGCUGGAGGAGUUGAAUUUGUUCCUCAUCCAGAGCUCUCAGGGGACCGAACAAGAGCUGGACGAGAUGCGGCACAACUUUGAAGCGAUGAAGAUGGAUAUGGGGCAGAAAGUGCAACAACUGAAAGAUCAGAUCAAGCAGCUCGAACAAAACAUCAAGCAGGAGAAGCGCCACAGUGAGGAACUGAGGCGCAGCCACGUGGAGAAGGCCAGCACCGCUGCCCAGGACAAGAAGCUCUCGGACCUGGCCAUGAAGGUGCAUGACGUCUACAAGCGCUGCGACUUGGCGCGGGAUCAGCAGCAGCCGGACACCUUGCAGAUGCUGGGCGCCAUCGAGACUCGGAUCGAGGAGCUGAUCCAAGGCUUGGACGAGGCCUACCAGCAGGAUGAGGAACUCGUCAUGCGCUUGGAAUGGCAGAAGGAAAGGGACCGCAGAGAACGCGUCCGUGAGAACCGCAUUCGAGAGCAGUCGGAGAAGCAAGAGGACCGUCUGAAGCAGUCCUUGCUGCGAUCGCAAAAGCCGGUCUUCAAGAAGGCGGGCAAGCAAGUGAUGUACCGCUCCCCACCGUUGCGACAAGAGCGGAAGAUCGUGGAGGACACCACAGACGACGAAGCGCACGCGCGCGACCACAAGGUUUUUGACCUCUACAUCGACCGCAAGACCGGAAUGCCCCACACGGAUGCACCCACCGAAGAAGCCAGGCGUUCCACCGACACCGCGCUCAGUGCGCCGCCCCCUUCCAGUCCUAAGUCGCAGUCCAUGAGCGAAGCCCUCGAGAGCCGAGAGGUGUUCAUGUGA